UGAGCGCUCCCGAUUGGUCAGCGUACUUUCGGUUUCCGUUCAAGACCCGCCUCCUGCCUCACUCUGCUUAGGAAUUGUACAGCAGAUGGCACUAAUAGGCCACUUAACAGAUCACCUUCACUAGCAAUGACUUUUGUCCCAACCUUGUCUGACUUUGUCCUCAUCCUCGACACUGAUACUGUUGUCAUUACAGUCCUCAGCUAGACCAUGGCCCUGAGAGCAUGUGGCUUGAUCAUCUUCCGAAGACGCCUCAUCCCCAAGAAGGACAACAGUGCAAUUGAAUUUCUACUGCUACAGGCAUCAGAUGGCAUUCAUCACUGGACUCCUCCCAAAGGCCAUGUGGACCCAGGGGAAAAUGACUUGGAAACAGCUUUGCGGGAGACAAAGGAAGAAGCAGGCUUAGAACCAGACCAGCUGACCAUCAUUGAGGGGUUCCGACGGGAGCUCAAUUAUGUGGCCAGGGAGAAGCCUAAGACAGUUGUCUACUGGCUGGCGGAGGUGAAAGACUGGGACGUGGAGAUCCGCCUCUCCCAUGAGCACCAAGCCUACCGCUGGCUGGGGCUGGAUGAGGCCUGCCAAUUGGCUCAGUUCAAGGAGAUGAAGGCAGCACUCCAAGAAGGACACCAGUUUCUCUGCUCCAAGGCGGCCUGAACUGAUGAGAACAGAGUCAUUUACCUCAGUAGGGUCCUUGGGGAACCCAUUGAUAGCUCUAGGGAAGGUUUAGUCUUUCGCUCAUCACAGAAAAGAGCAGAUUGGUUACUGCAAUCAGCUGAGCACUCUCAGAUGCGAGCAAACAAAAAUCUCAGCUGGUUAGAAAGGUGAAGGGAAAAUAAAAAUAAAUAAAUAAAAGA